GGAGGGCCGCGCUGGCGCGGUGCGCAGGCCGAGGCCGCCGGAGCGUGGAGGGGAGGAGGUGAUUGGGGCGCGGGGGGUGGGGGGUGGGGAAGGUAUAGGAAGGACCGGAGACUUCGCCGAGCUCCCCUAACCGCAGUGGUGGCCUGUGCCUGACAAAAUGAAGUGUAGCUGGGAUUCCAAAUCUGAGGAAGACAGCCUUGUUCCUGCCUGCCCACCCUUCUCUCUGGCCCUGUUUCUGUCUCGGAGUCUGAGACCCUGACUUCAUUGCCUGAGGAGUUCACCCUGUCCACAGCCAUCCAGCCGAGGGAACCCAGAGUGCCCUUACGUUCCAAGAGCAAGGAGCGGGUGGGCCAGGGCACCAGAGCAGUUGCCCUCUGGGGCCUCCGGCACAGUGAAGCUGGAACCAUCAGGGAAUAUGAGUGAAUUCUGGCAUAAAUUGGGCUGCUGUGUGGUAGAGAAACCCCAGCCGAAGAAGAAGAGAAGACGGAUUGACCGAACCAUGAUUGGGGAACCAAUGAAUUUUGUCCACCUGACUCACAUUGGCUCUGGGGAGAUGGGGGCUGGAGAUGGACUUGCUAUGACAGGUGCAGUUCAGGAGCAGAUGAGAUCCAAAGGAAAUCGAGACCGGCCAUGGAGCAAUUCUAGGGGCUUGUAGCUCCCAUGGGAAUGGUUCUGCUAUCUUGAAGCUCCCACUCUGUGUCCAGCCCAGAAGAAAUGCUGCCCCCAUCGGAUCCCUUCUAGAACCAGUGACCUAAGGGUCCUUCUUCCCUAUCUGCCUAACAGUGCCUCAAAAGGUGUGGGGGCUGGACUCCCUCUACUUCCUCUGGCCAUCGCCCCUCCUGGAGAUGGGGUCAAGGCAGCAGGACUGACCACAUGACUACCCGUUGGCCAGAGGAGCUCACCCGAAGCCCUGGGUACCCUAGAUCUGAGCUAGGAGUUCUGUGGAAACCUGGAAUGAGUUCCCCUCUCCUGAAUGAUGGUCUGGGUGCCAACAGUCCUAAACUUUUUAUCUUGAAUUCCUUAAACGGGGCAGGUAGUAGGUGAGAUUACCAAAGCAAAGUCAGCUUUGCUGAGAAGCUCCUUACUUCCUUGUCCUCUUUCCUUCUGGAAUGAGCUAAAGCAGAUAUCAAGGGGCUGGAAGGGUGACCACUGCCUAGUCUACUCUUUCUCUUCAGAUUUCAGACCUUAAGCUCCUCAGUUCACUCUCCAGUAUCAGGGUUUUUCUCUAGUUAGGCCUCUAACCCUGUUUCUAUAGCAUUACUAGCACCCCAGCAAUGUUCCCUUU